AUGUAUAAUCAACACAGCGACUUCACAGUUGACGAGAAAAAGUCGGAGAAGCACAAAAUUAGUUUUCUUCACAAAAUUUCACAGAAGUCAGGAAGGAAUCAAUCAAGAAAUCAAUUUUUCAAGAUCGAAAUGGUAAUGACUUUGUCUUGUGUCAUCGGACAUGUUUUAAAUCUCUGUUUGCUGUUACGAAAGGAAAUUAAUUUAAUGGAGUACAAGAGAAAGAAAAAUCUGAAGGCGAAUCUAACACAUUUUCAAUCAAAUGCUGAAACAAAUCUUUAA